AUGUCGUUCACUUCGCGUCUGGGCCCAAAAACGCGUGAUCUGUGGUGGGCAACCAAAACCUUUGCAAAAGGCGCCUUCCUAUUCCACAUCGUCACCACCCACAUCUUCAGCAUCGGCCACACCAGCGGCGUCAGCAUGGUCCCCACAAUCCCUCAUUCGUACAACAAGCGCCCUUGGAUUCUCUACUCCUGUCUGCACCGUCGCGGUCGCAAUAUCAAAGUUGGCGACGUAAUAACGUACACACACCCGCUCUUCCCUCAUCAGAGAGGAUGUAAGCGCGUCAUCGGCAUGCCAGGCGAUUUCGUCAGCGUUGUGAGUGCUGCGCGUGAAGAUGAGGAUCUGGAAAAGGAAGAUGACGAAGGCGAUUGGGCAAACAUAAAGGACAGGGUGGUGCAGGUUCCGGAAGGGCAUUGCUGGAUUGCGGGGGAUAACUUAGAGUGGUCGAGGGAUUCGAGGUUGUUCGGGCCGUUACCGCUAGGGUUGGUCAAGGCGAAGGUUUUGGCUGUUAUAAGUCCGUGGGAGAACGCAAAGUGGCUAGGGCAUGAGCAAGUAGUCGUCGAAUAUCAAGGUAAAGCCAAGGAGUGGGUCAAUGGGACAUGA